AUGUGCCUGCGCUGUAGGGGGGACGACCCUGUCCAAGUCAACCCCGAAAACUCGAGCUGGCGACAUCCUGCAGAAGUCACUGAAAGGCAGACCACAGCUAAACGUAUUGAGCAUAUGAGAAACCUAUGGAAACAGAAGAGGAAAUUUAAUAAACGGUUUGCAAGGCCUGCGCCUGUUCCAGAACCAGGACUCCUAGUAAGUGCUCCAUUGAAACUAACAGAUCCUUAA